AUGCUAUCUCCAGGAUAUGUCUUCGAUCCUACUGAUAGAGAGAUAGUUUCCUACUAUCUCCCUAGGCUAAUUGCCAGCCGCGGCAACACGGGGUUCUUAGGCAAUCUCAGGUACUUCUUCAACGUUCGCGACGUUUACUCCAGAAAGCCAUCCCUUCUCUUUGAAAGCAACAACGACGGUGAGAAGAAACUGCUUCCUUACAUGAAAGGCAACCAACGCUUCUUCUUCAGCCGUCGCCAGAGGACUUCUGAGAUGAAUGCCGAUCAUAAAAUUUAUAGAAGGACUCUUCAAGAAGAAGGCCAAGGCGAACCACAAGGACAUUGGAAACGUACCAGCAGUACGCACCCUAUCUUUGAUGAUCAGAAUGACAAAAAGAAAAUCUUGGGGUACGUGAAUUUGCUCAGCUUUCACGAGUAUCAGAUCGGGGAAAAGAACAAAAAAGAAGAUAUAAAAACUAAUUGGAUCAUGUAUGAGUAUUAUCUCUGUCAAAAUAGGUUUCAAGAAUGGGUUAUCUGUAAAAUCAAAGAUAAAAAUCGCUCGGAGGAGGAUGAAUGCGAACCCAGUUUGCUCCGUCGGUUAUUUUCCUCCAAGGAAAGAGCAGUGGCAGAUGGAUCCCAACCGGUACCUUGUCAAUCAAGUAAUUUGGUGAAAGCGCCACGAGAUUUUGAUCUGAAUGAGCUGCCACCUGAUUCACCCAGUCCAUAG